AUGUUGGUGAUCGCCACCUUGAUGUCUUCUCCUCUAUCCGUUGGUGCCUUUUCUAUGACUUCCCUGCCCAUAUCCGGUCUCAAGGGCGGCGCAAGGACAGGAACAUUGCGCCUCCAAUUGUCGGAGGUGAAGCGAGACAUCUUACAGAUCGCAGCAGCAACGGACAGAGGUCAGAGGCUCAACCAGCUCGUAGCUCCUGUCUACCAAGAGUCUCGUGGAAAGAUUGCCAAGCUGAUCGACGAGUUAACAAAGAACGAGUGUGAGAUCAGCGAAAAGACUCUUUCUGGAGAAUGGGAGCUUGUUUACAGCGACGUGGAGCUGUUUCGAAGCAGUCCUUUCUUCCUAGCGAUCGAGCAGGCUCUCGACACUUCUCCUGGCAUUCCGACUCUCGGCAAGUGGCUCGGAAUAACGGACCCAACGAAGAAGUCGGCCAUGUUCUUCAAGCUGCAUCAGCUUCAAGUCAUGUCCUGGGGGGCGAGCACUGUGGGAAGAGUGUCACAGAAUCUAGAUUUUGAGAAGCAGGAGUUGGAGUCUGCCUUCGACACCAUCAUCUUCGGGUUGACGGUGAUCCCCAUCAUUGGAUGGUUCAAACUCCUCCCUACCUUCGGCGGCCGCGUCGUCACACUCGCUGACAAACUUCAGCUCGAGGGAUCAACGCUGACCAUGGAGCUGCAGAAAACUGAAGUUCGGACGUGCCCUGGCGUGAACCGACUGCCCCUAUUUGCUGACUUCUUCAUGGAUAGGUGGUAUCCUGUCAACUCGGUGUGGAAGCUAUUGCCGUGGAACGGGGGUCCCUUCAACGGACGAGCUCCGAGUUGCAAGAUGGAAGUGGUGUAUGUGGAUCAGGACCUGAGAGUCUCUCGGGACUUGAGCGGCGCGCACUUUGUUUACACUCGUCCACAAUGA